CGGGCAUUGCUGGACACUCGGCGGAGAUGUGCGUACCGAAACUGGAGCCCUCCGCGGUUGGCAGUUAUCCAAGUUAAAGGGCUGUUUUGGGGAUGAGUGUGGCGGCCCCGGACGUCUUGGUGUCGCUCGCUGGGGAUUUUCCCCCUCCUAUUUUUCCGGAGAUUUUCUAUCUUGUACAUGGAGAAAGAAUGAGAGAGAAGCCAAGAAGGAUUCCCCAGCACUAUGGAGCCACGCAUUGCAGGCAAAUGUGAAAGGUGAUGUAAUGAAAAACAUCUAACCCUCAACUGUAAACAUUAACUGGGUGCUGCCGCUCGUGAUAAUAGAUAACAGCAUCAAGUUGUGGAGUUUGUGAAGCCAAAAGCAGCAUCAUGUUCUACGGUUCUUCCUCCGGGGCAAGUAUGUCCCUGCCGUCCAAGAGCCGCCUAAAACGCCAGAGCAGGACCUUCACACAGGUCCUGUACCGCACUCUGAGUUACAGAGACCGUGUCCCAGUAGAAACUGGAACAAACACUCGUGGGGAUCGGCGCUCCACGACUGAACCCCCAGAGCGACCAACGGAUGACCCAGCCGAACUCUCCACGCAGAGCUCGGCCCCCGGGGUGCUGAAGAUCUUUGGAGAUGAAAUCUGUGCCGGUGCCAACUACAAGAGCGUCCUGGCCACGCCGCGCUCCAGUGCCCAGGAGCUGGUCAAAGAGGCACUCGACCGUUACUCUCUCAACAAGAACGCUGCCCACUCUUACGUGCUGUGUGACGUUAUCGGGCGUUUGGAGGGGGGAGGCGGGAUAGGAGGAGCGGGGUGGCGAACUGAAUGCCUGCGUGCGAUGGGGGACAACGAAAAGCCACUUUUGCUCCAGGAGCUUUGGAAACCCAGAGAGGGACAUGCUCGCAGAUUUGAGCUGCGCAGGAGAGCGGAGGUGGAAGAAUUCAACGCCAAAGAGAAGGACACCAUAACUGCUGGGCCCAAAACCUCCCAGUUCCUGGCGGCUCUAAUGGGUCGGUCUGGGCUGGGCAAACACAGGAGUUCCCCCCUGCGCUGUGGUCGAGUGGUACAGUCCAGCUCUAAAGAUAUCAAUGCUCAGGCUCGUAAGCUGCAGAGGAACAGAGCGAAGGGGACGCUGACCCUGCCCCGAUCCAGCAACUCAUCCUUCUGCCGCAGCCUCAGCGAGACCAGCCUCAACCAGCUGGGAGUGGGAGAUGAGCCCAAGCGUUACUACUCCACCCUGCCAGGACCCUUAAGGGGUCGAGAUGCAGCCUCCAAUGGCCGAAGGAAAGAGGAUGGAGGUCAGGGAGGCGGAGGGGUGAAGCACUCUCUUUACCAGUCCCCCCACCUCCUGCUGCUACAGGGGUACAAUCAACAGGACUGUUUGGUGUACCUGCUGAACAGAGAGCAGCACACAGUGGGUCAGGAGACUCCAUCAGCUCGCCCAAACAUCUGCCUCUUCUCUCCUGACAUCCUGCCGCUCCACUGCCGCCUGCGCCGAGUGCCCACACCCCGCCGCCACGCAAACAACAACAACAAGGGGGAGGAUCCGGGGGAGAGUCAGCGGUCCUGUGUUGCUGUGGAGCCGGUGCUCCACGCCACAGUCCUGGUGAACUUUUCCCGCUGCGAGCGCUCUACCACUCUGCGACACGGUGACCUUCUUUCCUUUGGCGCGCAUUACAUCUUCCUUUACAAGGACCCCACGGGCGCUAAGCCUUUGCCUGCUCAAACCUUGGCACGCCUCCGUUCCCUCGGGCAGCUUUACGAUGCCGGGGUGGAGGAGGGGGAGGGCGGCACUCAGACUUGUAAGAUGUGUGGAUCUGUGCUGAAGGACAAAGCUGCGCAGGUGUCAAGUGUUCCUGCAGUCAGACGCAGCUUCAAACCUCACCUGGUGAAACCCCGCAGCGGAGGACCCCUUAGUUUGUCAGGAGGGGAAGGAGGAGGAUGUGGAGGUGGAGGAGGCGGAGGAAGCGGAGGAGGAAGAGGAGUGGGAGUAGGCCAGAAAAGAAGGCUACAACUGGAGUUUGACCCAGCUCAUGAAGACCAGCUAAUGAACAGGAUUUUGUCUCUCAUAGAACCUGGAGGUGAUGACCACAAGCUGACUCCUGCCUACCUGCUGUGUCUCUGCAUUCAACACUCUGCCUCCACUUUCCCACCUGGGAGUUUUGGGAAACUGCUGCUCAAGAUUGUCCGACGAAUCCAGACCAUCGCAUGGGAGAAGACAAAGGAGCUGGCUCAGAAGCAAGCUCAGCAUCAGGACCCGGCCUCGCUGUCUCUGCUCAGUAUCUCAGACCUGAUCCCAGACCUGCAGACCAUCUUCUUCUGGAUGUCCAACUCCAUCGAGAUCCUGUACUUCAUACAGCAAAGAGCCCCAGCGUACACACACACUAUUGAGACACUGCAAGGGUCAAAAGAGUCGUUGCUGUCGGCGACCAUAUCAGCCAAUGAGGAAGCAAUGACAAUCUUGGAAGAAGUGAUCAUGUACACUUUCCAGCAAUGCGUCUACUAUAUCACCAAGGCUCUUUAUGUAGUGUUACCAGGUUUGUUGGACUGUAAUCCGUUUCCAGUCGACAGCUCUGAGCCCUGCUGGAAAGGAGGUGUAGGGUUUCCUGAACCUGUACGCAGGGUCCUGCAGGUGUUUCAGAACGGGCAGGAGCUUCUGCAGAGCUACCAGGUCCACCCGGAGAUUCAGGCUCAGAUGUUCGCUUACCUCUUCUUUUUCUCCAACGUGUCACUGUUUAACCAGCUAAUGGACAAAGGUCCAUCUCGGGGUUGGUUCCAGCGGUCGAAGGUGCUGCAGAUUCAGGCGUGUUUGCGGAUGGUCAUGGAGUGGGCGAGCAGGUCGGGUCUCGGACACCUGGCCGACAAAUUCUUCACCAAACUCAACAGCACUGUGUCCAUACUGGCCACGCCUCCACAACAGCUCACACAGUUAAGUUGGCGAGCUCUGUCCAGUGAGCACCCAGCUCUGAAACCAGUACAGCUGCACAGGAUUCUCACCCAGUACCAGCUCACAGCAGAGAUAGGCCCUGUCCCAUCAUGGCAACCCAGCAGCGAGGACGAAGCCUAUAUAUACAGAACAGUGGACCUCCUGGAGAGCUUUGAGAACCACCCUCCCAUAGUGCUGCCCAGCGCCGGCUUCAGAGUGGACCUGGAGAGCGAGUGUGUGGAGGACAGCAUCUACAGACAGCUGCUCUACAUCCGCCACUACCUGUGGGGGCUGCGCACCAAGACGCAAACACACAACAACCCUCCUACUGUGCACACACACUCCAACGGGACCAACACAGCCGACUGGCCCGACGUACAGAGGGAGUUGCUGCCUCCGGCCCACAGCAGUCCCCGCUCUGGGGGUCCCGGGGAGGAUGCGACAACGGAGACGGGAGAGGAGAGAGGACGGGAGAGACCUCCAGUCCAGUCACACACACACAGCCUCAGAAGGAACGGCACCAUCCACCACCCUCGAACAGCAAAUCCAGACCCGUCCUGCCUCCUGCCCCCCCCCAACACCCCGCUGUACCCUGACGAAGGAGGAGGAGGGGGAGGGGGAGGGGGAGGGAAGUUCAUAGGCCCCAUUGCCCAGACUAACGGCUGCAGCAGCAGAACUGUGGCCGAGUGUAAAAAGACCAACGGACUCAUCUCCAAUGGACUGGAGGUGGAACUGGACAAAGGACCAUACGGACUCGGCAUGGGACUCAUAGACGGCCUGCACACUCCUCUCAACGCUCCAGGCAUUUACAUCCGGACUCUGAUCCCUGACGGCCCGGCGGCGUCUGACGGCAGACUGAGGAUAGGCGAUCGCAUCCUGGCUGUGAACGGGACCAGCCUGAUAGGGGCGGACUACCAGAGCGCCGUGGAUCUGAUUCGCCUGGGAGGAGGUCGCCUACGUUUCCUGGUGGCCAAGUCCGACCCAGACAUCUCAGAGAAGAUCAGCGCCUCCUCCUGCUGACCGACUCCGAGCAACGGCUGUGAUGCGCACAACACAGGAGGGAGAGGUAGGACAGCGAGACGACGUGGGAUACAAAUAUGUGCACUCGAAGAACAGCACACACACAAUCACACCCACAGCAUGAAAUAUGGAUGUGAGAACUAGCGACAGCACAAAGCCAAGCAAUCAAACUGGAGAUUAACACUCCCCGACUCCACAGCUGCCAGACCCGCUGCCCUCAUGCUGACUCCAACUGGGUUUGUGUGACAGACAGAAUCCGUAACCCACCACAACAUCAAAGGGAAACGCUGCGAGGAAAAGUUGCCUAAUGAAUCAGCGUUUGAGGCAAGCGAGGUCUAGCCAGUAUGCAGCCUGAUGUGGUUUAAAGCACAGCAGAUUUUAAAAGUUUUAACUUCCCUUUGGAUGGUGCUCGCAGCAUGUGUGCACAUUGGGACUUUUUCCACAUGUGUUUUAGAAUCAUUUAUAUUAGAAAUUCAGACAUUAAGUAGCAUGGUGAAAUAGCUACACAUCUCUCAGAAACAAGGAAGUCUGAAGCUGUUGGACACAAACUGACAAUGUACUUCUUAAAACAGACUAACAAGACGAGGCCGUCUUCGAUGGAUGUUUCACACGGCGCUUUUAGAGAGGAAUGUUUUCUAACCCUGUUUGUUAGCAACUCCCAAAGCACUGUCUGCUCAACAGACUCUAUGAAUGUUGACUUUUGUACCAGAGAGCGGCUGUAAAAGGAGGGAAAAAGCAAAGUCCAGACACAGCCCAGCUCUCCCAUUUCACAUGUAACCUCAUUACUGGACUUCAUACCGCCGCUCGAAAACUGAUGAGUUCCCGAUGCUCAACGUGCACAGGGGAUGUGCAGCUGUUGGGGGACAUUGUUAUUUAUUAAUGACUGGAUCAUCAAGACCACUUACUUCUCUCCAGGUUCUGAUGCACAAUCGUCGUGUGUAUAAACCACACUUUUGUUGUCAAUAUAUGCUGUAUUUAUCUGGGUAUGACAUGUAAAUAGUCGCUUGUAAAUAUUUAACACUUGGUCA